UGUCAAGCGAUUGUUGAAUUCUGGCGUGGAGGUUUGCCCACGAGCGUCAGGUUUAACUACAGGUUAAGACAUCACCAGUAGGCACCCGAACCUAGGAACACCACUACAUGGCACCAAACCAAGACAAGCAUAUGGCACCAAACCAAAGGCAUAUUCCUCUCGCUGAUCCCAAGGCUUACACUUCAAUCCUCGCACGAAAACUAUGAUUACCCUCCUGCUUUUCCAACGCUAAAACCUUCGAGAAAAGGAGUAGGUGGCAGAGCAGGAAACGUUGAAACUAUGGAAGCCCCUGAAGUGCUGACGCAUUUGAUCGCCAUUCUCGCGCUCGCGGAAGCGGCGGGCAUGAUGGCCGUGAUGGGGCAGGGCGGCGGCGCCAUACCCACCACCCUCGAUGGUCCGUUCGAGCCCGUCACCCGCCGCCUCGACCCGUCCCUCCGCAUGGGCAGCGACGACUUGCCGAUGGAUGACCCGAGGCUCAAGAAGAACGUCACUUCCUCGUUCCCUGAGCAGAUUUCGCUCGCGCUGUCCAGCGAUCCUAGCUCGAUGUGGGUCUCUUGGAUCACAGGGGAUGCUCAGAUUGGCAAGAAUGUCACGCCGCUCGAUCCAUCAUCCGUCGCCAGUGAAGUUCAGUAUGGCACAGAGAGUGGGAAGUACCCAAGCAAGCAAGACGGCAUGUCGGCUGUCUACAGUCAACUGUACCCAUUCGAGGGGCUCUUGAAUUACACUUCUGGCAUUAUUCAUCACGUCAGACUUGAAGGUCUUAAAUCUGCUACGACUUAUUAUUUUAAGUGUGGUGACAGUUCUGUUCCAGCAAUGAGCGACGAAUAUUCCUUCAAGACCAUGCCCUCACCCAGUCCGAAUGCAUAUCCCACUCGUAUAGCGGUUAUUGGAGAUUUAGGUCUCACGAGCAAUUCUUCGACAACCAUAGAUCAUGUGAUCAAAAAUGAUCCAGCCUUGGUUUUGAUGGUUGGAGACUUGACUUAUGCAAACCAGUAUCUCACCACUGGGGGACAAGGCGCUUCAUGCUUCUCUUGUUCAUUUCCAAAUGCACCCAUUAGAGAGACAUAUCAACCUCGCUGGGAUGGCUGGGGAAGGUUCAUGGAGCCAUUGACAUCAAGAGUGCCUAUGAUGGUCAUAGAAGGCAACCACGAAAUUGAGCCCCAAGUUGAUGGGAUCACCUUCCAAUCGUACCUAACAAGAUUUGCCAUUCCAUCGGAGGAGAGUCGUUCCAACAGCAGUUUCUACUACUCCUUCAAUGCUGGAGGAAUACACUUUAUUAUGCUUGGAGCCUAUGUCGACUACAAGACAACUGGCGCUCAGUAUUCGUGGCUGAUGGAUGACUUGCAUCGAGUGAAUCGCAGCUUAACCCCAUGGGUGGUUGCUGCUUGGCAUCCACCGUGGUACAAUAGCUAUAACUCCCAUUAUCAGGAAUUUGAAUGCAUGAGGCAAGAAAUGGAAGCUCUUCUUUAUCAAUACAAAGUCGAUAUCGUGUUCAAUGGCCAUGUUCAUGCAUAUGAGAGGAUGAACAGAGUCUACAACUAUACACUAGACCCAUGUGGUCCUCUAUACAUAACAGUUGGGGAUGGUGGCAAUAUCGAGAAAGUUGACGUCGAUUUUGCAGAUGACCCUGGAAAGUGUCCUAAACCUGAGGACAACACGCCCGAGUUCGGAGGGUUGUGUCCUCUGAAUUUCUCCAAUGGCCCCGCCAAAGGCAAAUUUUGCUGGAGCAACCAACCUGAGUGGAGUGCGUACAGAGAAAGCAGCUUUGGACAUGGAAUACUUGAGAUUGUGAAUUCAACAUAUGCAUUAUGGACUUGGCAUAGAAAUCAGGAUGCGUAUAAGGAAGAUAAACCGGGCGAUCAGAUAUUCAUCGUGCGACGGCCUGAACUUUGUUCUCCAACAGUUAAAGAAACUAGCGAUCCUCCUCAAGCUGGUCAAGAGUUGGAACCCACAUCCCCAUCAUCUACUGUAAUUCUAUCAUUCAAAAUGAUGUGGCUGAUGAGCUUGCUUGUCGCUUCGGUUGGCAUUGCCGUGAGAUGAUCAUCUCCGAAAGCAUGGAUUUUAUUCCUUCUACAAUUACCUCGAAAAACAGAUGAAGACAGAUGUCGUGCAUAACUUCAUAUGGGAAUACUGGAAUGGAGUUAUCUGCUUGAGAGUUUUGUUUAUGGAAAUACUCAAGGUAACGUAAAACUUGUGCAUACACAUGUACACAUAUACUUGAGUGCAAAUUCCUCCUCUUCUAUUUCUUUAUUGACAUUCAUGUAUUCACAUUGAUGUAAAUCUGACAUGAGUGCUGAACAGACCGUCCAUAUUGCAUUCAAGUACACUAUGUAUUACCUUUGAUUUUGUU